ACAGCUGUCAGACGAGGCUUACAUUUGUUCAUACAAAAUUGCGGAAAAAUGGCAGCCUUACGCCUGAAUAGUGUAAAAAAUCUAACAAAACACUUUUUAAAUGGCAAUUGUUACACACAAAUUCGACCAAAAUCUUCGAAUGUUCUCACUACGGCCCUUGGAUCAUUGAGCACAGUCGAAAAAGUCGUGACAACCAGUGAUGAUACCACAUUCAUUUCAUGGCAUCCAACGCAUGAUUUCCCGUACGAAUACUCGAAACCAUUGCCGCCACCCGCUAUUCCAACCAGCACCCUACUGAAGGAUGAAGCCAUUCAACGAUCUAUGGAAGCAUUCGGAUCCAAACAUCCAGAAAUCGCCCGACAAGAACUCAUGAAGCUUACAUGUACAUCAAAACACGUCUGGAAACCACGACAACGUGAUCGUAAAGCAAAGAAUACCCCACCAGAUCGAGAAUAUUUAUAAAUGUAACGCAUUUUAUUUUAUGAUUUUUUUUUUGAAUAAUUUUCUCUUGUUGUAGAAGUUCGAAUAAAAUUAAACGAGGAUAUGAAAUCUGGAGAGAUAAAUGUUAUA